AUGAAUAAUGUCAGCUCGUUUUUGACGGUUCCUACAGAUAAUACCAGUGUCACCUGUGUGUACACAGGAUACGACAAAACGACAUGCUAUUCGGGAGAUUCUCCAAAAUGCUUUAGCAUAUCAAGCAGUAUAAACAACGUCGAUGUUUCCAUGAUGAUUCUUCCCAUGUACUCGUUGUGGACAAUGGGUUUCACGUCACGUCGUGUACACCGAGAGUUACUAUAUAAUUACCCCACAAACCACGUAUGCAUAUGUUAG